AUGGCUCAAAUGCUGAGUUUCAUGAAGGACAUUAAGGAUGAACAGGAAAGAACUAGGGAAAUUCGGAAUCGGUAUGAGGAAAUGCCAAACAACGGCAACCCACUGUUGGGAAUUGUUCAAAGCUUUGACCCUCAUAAGUCAAACGCCCACUCAUCAAAGAGAGUUACCAAAACCCAUGAGGAAGGGGAAGCUUCCCAUGAAAGAUUCAUUCCCGUCACUCAGAAGGAGGGCGCCUCCCGCACUGUUCGUAUUCCUGCUAACAAUCCGCCUAAGGAUGAGGAUUAUGUGGAUUUACAAUAUGGUGAGGUGGAUGAGACAAACCAGGAACCCCAACAUAAGCAAACUCAAGCUGAUUCUGAGGAAAGUGCUAGAAACAAUGGACAAUUCAAGGCACUGGAGGAAAGGCUGAAAGCAAUAGAAGGGUACGAUGUCUUUGAUGUGGAUACCUACGAAAUGAGCUUGGUGCCAGAUUUAACUAUUCCUCAUAAAUUCAAGGUACCCAACUUCGAGAAAUACAAAGGACUUACAUGCCCUAGGAGUCAUCUACGCAUGUACGUCAGGAAGAUGGCUGCUUAUGCCAAUGACCAAAAACUAAUGAUGCAUUUUUUCCAAGACUGCCUGAGUGGGGCAUCUGUAGAGUGGUUCCAAGGUCCUCCGAGGAAAUUCGAUCCUCUACCCACUUCCAAGAGUGAAAUACUAAAAUAUUUGCUGAGUGAAUCAUUGGUAGAGCUUAGACCUAUGCCACCCCCAAUUCCAGGGAAGAUUCCACCCAGGUUCAACCCUAAUGAAAGGUGUGAAUUUCAUGACAAUUCUCCCGGACAUACAUUGGAAAAGUGUUGGGCAUUUAGGCACAAGGUUCAAGACCUAAUAGAAUCAGGGGCUAUUGCUUUUGACAAACCUAACGUAAAGACAAACCCUAUGCCUCGCCAUGAUGGCACAGUCAACGCAAUAGAGGUAGUCACUGAGCAAGAGUUUGUUCAACAACGGAGCUCCCCCAUAGAUGCCCUUAAGAGGUAUCUACUUGCAAAGGGGUUUAUCCUCGAACAUAACGAAGCCUUUAAGACAACACUACAAAGACUGGUAGAUCAAGGGGUAGUUCGGUUUAAGGAAUAUCCUGAAGAGGAAUAUGUGGCCAUGCUGGAGAGGAAUGAACCAUUGAUAAUACCUAGGCAAGGGGCAAGGAAGACAUUAAUCAUUCCCUGCGCCAAGGCGCCAUUGCUGAUACCUACACAGGUACACACUAGGAUCAUCCCGGUCAGAGACUCAUACCCUAUGGACAAAAUGAAAGCAGUCCCUUGGGAAUAUGAGUCUAAUACUAAUACCGACGUGACAAACAUCGUUGGGCCUGGGGGCAUGACUCGUAGUGGCCGCAUAUUCAAUACUGCAAAACCAAACGAGAACCUGGCACAAGCAAGUGAUCAAACUACUUUGGUCCCUACUGAAAAGAGCACAUCCAAAGACAAAGAGGCCACUAACAAAGAUGCUGAAGAGUUCUUGGCAUUGAUCAAGAAAAGCGAUUAUAAGGUGGUGGACCAGUUACACCAAACUCCGUCCAGGAUAUCACUCCUCUCGUUGUUGAUACAUUCAGAAAAACACCGAGACACCUUGAUGAAGAUCUUGAGCGCUGCCCAUGUGACUAAAGACAUCACUGUAAAUCAAUUUGAUGGAAUGGUGGCUAAUCUUACUGCUGGGGCAUGCUUAAGUUUCAGUGAACACGAGUUGCCCUCACAAGGGAAUGAGCAUAACAAAGCCCUGCAUAUCUCCAUGCAAUGUGGGAAAGCUCAUAUGUCUAGAGUACUGAUCGACACGGGGUCAUCAUUAAACGUAAUGCCAAAGGCCACCUUAGACAAGAUAGACUUGGAAGGACUAGUAAUAAGACCAAGCCGUCUGGUGGUCAAGGCCUUCGAUGGGUCGCAAAGCCCAGUGUUCGGAGAGGUGGACCUUCCUGUGGUAAUAGGCCCCCAUACAUUCUGCAUCAAUUUCCGAGUAAUGGAGAUUGAACCUGCGUAUACCUGCUUAUUGGGACGUCCUUGGAUCCAUGCUGCUGGGGCAGUUACCUCCACUCUGCACCAAAAGAUGAAAUUUGUGGAUGGGAACUCUAUAGUAACCAUCAAUGGGGAGGAGGACAUAUUUGUCAGCAAUCUAGACUCAUACCGAUACAUUGAGGCUGGAGAAAAAGCAUUAGAGACUUCAUUCCAAGCGCUAGAGAUUGCCACUGCUAUCAUGCUACCAAUUGAGAAAAUGCGAAGGGCGGUGACAUCCUGGAGAGACCUGCAAGACACAAGGAUGGAAGGUUGGGGCAAGGUUCCAGAAGUGCAAGAGAAAAGAGAUCGUCUGGGGUUAGGAUACCAGCCAACAAAGAAGGCUGCAAAGGAAGAGCAGCGAUUCCCUCCGAUUACACAAACUUUUAUCACAGGUGGAUAUGAGCAUGUAUCCACAAUAUCCAACAUGGAGGGCACGUCUAACUUCAUCAGGAUGAUUAGACCGGGAGAGCAGCUUCAAAAUUGGACAAGCCUGGAGAUACCGGAGAUAGCUUAUGUUUCAGAGUAA